GGGCCUUAUUAGGCGCUGAAGGAAGCGGCGGCCCUGGCCCGGCCCCGCUCCGCCCCGCUCCGCCUCCCCCAGGCCGCGCCGCGCACGCCGGGACCGGGCCCAGCCCAGCGCCGCCGCACCCGGGGCCCCGGACCCGGCACCGCCGGCAAGAUGCAGGACCCCGACAAAGACACAGAGUGGAAUGACAUCCUGCGCAAGAAAGGUAUCCUUCCUCCAAAGGAAAACCUCGAAGAACAGGAGCGUGCAAAGGAAGAGGAGCAGCUUAUGAUCCUUCAGAAGUCUCUUGUGAAGACUUACGAGGACAUGACUCUGGAAGAGCUAGAAGAAAAUGAAGAUGAAUUUAAUGAGGAAGAUGAGAAAGCUAUUGAAAUGUACAGACAGCAAAGGUUAGCAGAAAUGAAAGCAGCUCAAAUGAAGAACAAAUUUGGGGAAGUUUUGGAGAUUUCUGGAAAAGAUUACGUUCAAGAGGUUACAAAAGCUGGAAAAGGUAUAUGGGUAGUCCUGCACCUCUACAAACAAGGAAUUCCACUCUGUGCCUUAAUAAAUCAACAUUUGAAUGGGCUUGCAAGAAAGUUCAGAGAUGUGAAAUUCAUCAAAGCUAUCUCUACCACCUGCAUACCCAACUACCCCGAUAAGAAUCUGCCUACAAUAUUUGUUUACCUCGAAGGAGACAUCAAAGCUCAGUUCAUUGGGCCUUUGGUGUUUGGUGGCAUGAACUUAACAAGGGAUGAACUGGAGUGGAAGAUUUCGGAGUCAGGUGCCAUCAAGACAGACCUUGAGGAGAACCCCAGGAAGCAGAUCCAGGACCAGCUCAUGUCCUCAAUUAGGGCGUGUGCCCCAACCAGGGGAGAGAGUGACUCAGAGGAUGACUAACUCCUGCAUCAGCAUCAAGAGUGAUACAAUAGACCUGCAGCCCGUGUUCCCGUCUAAAGCACUGGAGAUGAUCAUCGAGUUCUUGCUGAACCCCAGAAGAGUGGUAUUUCAAGACAGUCAUUUAUCUAGAAAUUCAAAGGUGGUUGUUUUCUUGUGGAGGUGGGGAGGAAUUUAUUGCAAUUUCACUUAAGAUCCUGAAAGACAUUUUAUAUUAUGAAGCUUGAGUAAAUAUUACUCAAAAGGUUUAAAAUACAGGCAUCACUAGACACAAAAGUCUCUUGUUAUUAUUUUAAUAAAUUGAUGACUUUUUAAAAAUAUGAAAUAUGAAGUGGCCUAAGGCCUAAUAGUUUUGACAUGAUUGUGUGUAUGAACAGCUGUUCUUAAUAUGACGAGUUAUAGCAGAAUGUUGUCAGAAGGGCCACUGUGAGCUGGGGGUGCAAGCAUCUCCAGAGAUGCUGGUGAUGGCCAUCAUCUCCUGGGACCUGCCAAGUCCAGAACUCCCUUUCAUGCCCAAUUAUUUGCAUAGCAGCAAUACUUCCUCUUUUGCAGGGAGCUGGAUCUCCAACAGCACGCUACUAAUCAGGAAAGAAAAUUCAAGGCAGUGGCACUCCAUUGUGAAGUUGUUGACUUCUUGCACAAAACCAGAAGUCUGAUGUGUUACUACAGUAGUGGCAUUGCCAAAUAAGAGGGAAAGUGACGUUUGAAGAUGUCUUCCUAUAUUAAAACAAAA